UUUCCGACGUAGAGCGUCACGUGAGGGGCAGGGACGAUCACGUGCCUAGUGCUAGAUUAGAUUGCAUUGCAUUCCAUGCGUGGAAGAGUGUUCUGCGAGUCACGUGGCCUCCUCCUCAUUUGACCGCCCGAUGACCAACGCGAUCUGUCGCCUCUGACCGGCAUGCCCAUGGUUUGCUGCGCCUCCGCCUCCGCCUCUUAAGACUGUGACACCACCGCCGUGUCAUCACACAUCGCCUUGUUCUGGCGUACAGCCAACCCUGCGCAUACGUCGUUGUUCUGGCAGUGUUCGCAUCAGAAGAAGCAGCGCAGAGCAGAGCAAGCGGCAGCGACGCACAACGCCAACUUCCUUCACUCUGAUCUCUUGCCCGCUCUCAAGCCCCGAGGCAGCCAUCCACCCGCUCACUGUGAGUGACGAGGAGCAGGCGACGCAAAUUGAAGCGCUCACACUCCCGGAGGAGGAUCCCUCAUGCUCUUAUAUAAUUUAUGCCCAAAGCAUGAUCAUAGGCAGCAUUCUAUACAGUGUGUUUUUCCUAUUAAAAACAAGCACCAUUAAUUAAGUUAUUUUCUUCACUUUUUCCAUCCCGAUGCUAGUCUUCCUCGCAGGCGUAGAACUGCGUGCUCUGUUCCGUUUUAAAAAGAGCUCCUACAUUCUGCUGCUUCAAUAUUCCCCAUCCCCUCUGUUUCCGAUUUAUUAGCUCUUUCUUUCUUCAUUCCCCGAGCUAUGCUGCACCAGUGCGAACAUCAGAGCAGCGUGUACCCCUGCUCUUGCGGGUUCGUCUACGGUGGUGGCGGUGGCGGUGGCGGUGCCGCCUCCUCUUUUCUUUACCCGGUCACUACGACGCGGCAGUUCAUGCAAGAAGGCUGUGACUCGGACGAGUAUUCCGUCUGCUCUUCGCCGUCGUCGGUGGACUGUACCCUUUCGCUGGGCACCCCUUCCACGCGUCAAACAGAGCACAAGACAUCGGAAUCCUCUGCUAAGAUCCAACGGCCAUCGUCGUGCGUGUGGGAUAUCCGGUCUCGGUCCAAGAACUCCUCCAUGGGCUCGAAUGCGCCGAACGGUGGAGGGUCGGCUUUGGGCGGCGACCCGCAGCUCUUCGCCCGGCGGUGCGCCAACUGCGACACCACCUCGACGCCGCUGUGGAGAAAUGGACCGCGUGGACCAAAAUCAUUGUGCAACGCCUGCGGCAUUCGCUUCAAGAAGGAAGAGCGCCGUGCGGCGGGGUCCACGGCGCAACAUUCGUCGUCGCCGGUGACCGGAGAGUUUGGUUACCACGACCGGCAGCACCAGCCACCGUGGAGCUGCUACGCUUCGUCCGCCAUCAAGAGCAGCUCAUCGCUGACCUUGUACGAUGACGUGGAUGACAGCGCGGAAGCGCCGUACCUGUCGUGGCAAUUCAACAUCGAACCUCCCGGGCAGUUUUCGGUCCGAGAUCGGCCCGGCCUUUCCCAAUACAAUUAGCUAGAAAUGCGCAAGAAUUCCAAGUGUUUGAUUAAAAGCCCGAUAGAAUCGUCGGCAAUAUUACGACAUUUUGCUGC